CUGUGAGUGGACUCUCCGGGUGUGUCCGGGCUGGAACUCUAUGGUCGCCCGCCCUCCGCACUUCCUCUCUAGCCGCGGUCGCGCACUCUAUGCUCCUCCGUCCCGCGGCCAGCCGGGAGGGGUGCGCAGAGGGAGGCGGGGCGGGAAGGCUCGAGGUGUCUGAUCCUCCAGUGCCGCGGGAGACCCGAGCCGGCUGGGUGACAGCUCGUCAGCCGCCAUGUCAGCGAGCGGGGCUGGAAACAGAUCCGGCGCCCGGCGGUAGCCCUUGCGUUGCCUCGGAUGCCCAGGCAUGGAAGGACUUUGAUGAGCCGUUAAACAGUCCCACAAAAGAUGCGCUAAUGGAUGACAGCGACUCUCCUACAUACAGUCUGCAGAUAGAGCCACAAGAUGGAUGUCAUCCGGAGGACAGCGUGGAAAGGAGAGUGACACGCUUGCCUUCUGUCUCAGAUGAAAAUGAGAAUCAGCUUGCCGGAGACGGGCCUGCAUGUCUGACCACCAGCGGCGGCGCCAUGGGACGAGCCACGGUGUCUGAACAGGACAGUCUCAACAAUAACGAAAGCUUCCCAUCUAGCUGUGAGGCAGCCCCCACGGAGAACUCAGAAAACACUUCAAGCGAAGGUCCCAAAGAUGACCCGCCUUCCUUGGAACAGGACAAAAAGCUACCUGCAAAGAGAAGUCCCAGGGCCAAGAAAGGCACCCCCAAGAACGCACCUCCAGGGGAUGCUGUACCUGUAACGCAGACGCUGACCGCAGCGUCGCAGCCUGCAGGCGAGGAGGAGGCUGCUGGAGUGAACGCGAAUGACCCACCCAAAGCGCCAGUCCUGCAGCCACUCUUCUCGCUGAUCCGAGGUGAGGUGGAGCAGAUGGACUCCAGGGCACUUCCCCUCUUCCUCCACCAGGUAGCUGAGACCUAUUUCCAGGAAGAGGACUAUGAGAAAGCAAUGAAAUUCAUCCAGCUUGAACGACUGUAUCAUGAGCAAUUGCUUGCAAAUCUUUCUGCCAUUCAGGAACAGUGGGAAACAAAAUGGAAAGCUGUCCGGCCAAGUACGGUGACACCUCUAAGGAAUUCAGAAAAGGGAUUUAAUGGUGAAGAUUUUGAACAGCUUGCUAAAAUUUGCACAACUCACCAAGACCCUCUCUUGUCCAAGCUUAAGAUAACACCUGUGGAACAGUCACCAGGGAGGAAAAGGACGACAAUGUGUGAAGAGCCAGGGGAGAGAAGAGUGACAGCCAAAGAGCCAGAGAUUGAAACCUGUCCCGGCACAGAUCCAAGUGGAGGCCGGCAUGAGGAGGAGCCCCAGGAGAGCAGCCACUGCUGUCAACAGAUGGACUGGCAGGCAGCUUCCCCCGACCUUCCAGGAACUGCAGGGAAGGACCGCACGGAAGAGCUGCCCUGCAGCACCAGUGCCACACUGGAGCCCCACACCCAGUCCCCAGAGACAGCUGGGAGCAGGUCAGGGCCAGCUGCUGCGGAGAAUGCCUGUGAGGACAGCAGCUGCAUGCCGGCGCCUCCCACAGAGGACCAUCCCAUGGCCAGAGACCCUAAGGUGGCUCCUCCCAGUGAGUCAGUGGUGGAGCCACAGCUCUGCCCGAGCGGUGACGUUGCACCGCCUGGGUUGAUUUCAGAGGGUAAAUAUUCACAGGCACACCGAAAAGAACUCUGCCUUCCACUGCAGGACGUGUUUGAAGCGCUGCCCAGGGACCAGCCUCACAACAGUGAGGUAGCUGAGCCGCGGCAGCCUGAUGUCACGGCCAGUGAUGGGAAAUCAGCACAGAGUCAGGCUGGCUUGGAGACUGGUCCUGAGAGUGCACUCUGCGCCGAAAGGGAAGCCUCUGACGUAAGCACGCUGCGUCCAGGAGUGUGUAUGGCCCCAGAAGAAAGGCGAGAUAGCGAAGACCAAGUGAGUAAGGAAACGGAAGACUAUCUGAAGAGCCUUUUGGAGGGAUGCUUGAAGGAUGCCGAAGAUUCCCUGUCCUAUGAGGACAUCCAGGACGACGACGACUCUGACCUCCUCCAAGACCUCUCUCCUGAAGAAGCAUCCUACAGUCUCCAGGAGGAUCUGCCUCCUGAGGAGAGCACGCUCUCCCUCGAUGAUCUGGCCAAGAAGAUAGAGAUCGCAGAGGCCAUUCCUGCAGAAGGCCUGGUGUCCAUACUGAAGAAGAGGAAUGACACCGUAGGCGGACAUCCUGCCCAAAUGCAGCAAAAGCCAGCUAAACGCAGAGUGCGAUUCCAGGAAAUAGACGACAACCUGGAUCAAGAUGAGGUUGGUGGUGGUUCCUGCAUCCUGCUCAUCUUGCUGUGCAUAGCCACUGUCUUCCUCAGUGUCGGAGGAACUGCGCUCUACUGCACCCUGGGUGACAUGGAGUCACCUGUUUGCACGGACUUUGCCGACAACGUGGACUUCUAUUAUACCAAGCUGCUACAGGGGGUGGCAGGGCUGAAACACUGGGUCUACCUCUCCUAGCAGCAGGCGUGACAGGCUUGCUAACAACGAAGAUGCAAACUUCCCCGCCAGCGUUUGUCUCAGAAGUCAUGAAACAUUCCCCUUCCCUGGCAUCAAGGACCCAAGGAUGGACAUUAGACACAGCAACAUUAAAUAGCAGCCCAGAGAACAUGGGUAGAAACAGCCGAAGGCAGUGCUGACGUAGGCACUCAAGACAGAGGGUGAGAGCUGUGGCAAGCAGGCCCCUCUCCUUGUUGUUUCCUGGUGUCACUCGGGGCUGACACCGAGGGCUAAAGGGCACUCCUGGUUUACAGUCAUGCUGUGCUCCUCAGCCAUUGCUUCCUGCCAUCAUGCAAUAAGUUUCUUUGUCAUCAGAGAGAGUUAUCUUAUGGCUUCGGUGCCAUUUUUUAGUUAAUCUCGGGAGCCUUAGGCAUUACUCUAGAUUCUGGUCUCCAUUUGCGAAAUGGUCGUAUAGGUGUUUGGGGGUCUGAAGCAGUGAUCACAAGUGGAUUGCCAGCAUAGAAUUCCAAGAUUACCUUUAUUCUUUUCACUUGACAACAAUGUGCAGGCACAAAUCUUCGGAGAAGGCUUACCUGUGAACUAGAUAAACUGUAAAGGUAUUGCCCCCGAAGUGUGGAACUGACAGACCUGUGGCGAUGAACACACAUCGCCUGAAGGCACAGUGACAGAACUCCUCGGUCCCAGGUGAGAUUUCACCCCGGCUUCUAUGCUGCCUCAAGAGAUGAGUGCUGGGCUCCACAGCUCAAGAGAAACUAAGCAUCCUAUAAGAACCUCAGGGUAGGAACCCAAGUGAGGCGUAGUUCCUACCGUUGCAGGUGUUAGGGAAGGUGAGCCCAUACUCUGACGAAUGAGACAGACCAGCACAGUAUGAGGAAUCUCGGGCCAUACACGCAGGUGUAUGGAAUGCGUCUCUAUCGUGGGCUCAUUUUAGAAUGCUUCCUGGGGUCACGAUGCAGAAAUCCAGUCGUCCCUUAAAGAGACAAAUGUCUAGUUUUGUUUCAUUCUGUCGUUAGGUGGCCAUUCCUUAUUUGCGGUACAGUGAUCUAACGUUUAGGAAGCCUCGCUUUGACUUUUUAUAUUCUAGGCAACAUCUUUUUUUAAAAAUCAUGAAUUAUAGUUUUUUAGCAAGUGAUCAUUGCAUUCUGUUUUCCUGUUAGGACCGUUUGGAAGGAAAGGAGAGAGAUUGCUUUGUUGAUGUUACUGGCUGGCACAGUACCUUCCUUUGCAUUUCUGCUUAUUUAUUUGGAGUGUGAAUUUAAGGGGCUUUGUUUAAUGAAUUGAGCAUGCAUUCCUUCAGCACAUAGCUGCCUAUUUAAUUAGAUACUUAGUGUUUUGAUUUUAUACCAUGUAUUUUUAGGCUUAUUUUGAAAUUGACUUUUUAUUUUUCACUUAUAAAUACUGUGUGGCUUAUCUCUUAUGUCACCAUAAACUGUAAUAUUUUCGAUGGUUAUAGAUCAGAGUUAUUUAUUUAGAAGUAUACAGAAUACUGAAAUUUAGAUUCCUUAUGCCUAAGGCUGAUUUUAUUAGAAGAUUAUUUUAAUGUCCUAUUAUAAAUUUUAAGACUUUGUAUUCAUAUCAUAUGUAAAAUAGGGCCCACCAUCCUGGUACUAUGGUUCUAUAGAAGCCACUAGCAAGGCUCUCUGUGCAGGCUCCUCUCAAUACACAAACAUAUUUCACCCUAUUUUCUAGUUGCAGAAACCGUAUUUCUAGCUGCAGGGAUUUGGUGAUUUUUGUUUCUGCCGAUUUUAUGUCAGGAAAAGUUCAAAUCUCCCUCCUGUUUACCUCUUCCUGGUCACUCAGAGUCCCGUGUGAUCUCUGAUGUUGUAAUUGCUCACCUUGGCCACAUUUCCAAAAUCCUGGGUUUCCUGGGAGAAUCCAGUAAAAGAAAGGGCUGAAAUGACACCUUGCUAGCCAGUGACCCAGUUGUGUAUCCGAGGAGCCAGUGGUCGCCACUCGGGGAACCGGUGUGAUCUGGAGCAGACUGACCUUGUAACCCAAAGUGGGCAUGAACUCUCACCUAGAAAAACUAGGGUACCUUUGAAAACUGUAACGGUCAUUUAUUGCAUGAAGUGGAGCAUCCCCCUGCAGGUGGGAGGGUACUGUCCCGAGAAUAAGCAUUGGACAACUGUGCUGAAAUGUCACUCCUCCUCUCAUUUGAAAGUACUGACAACUAUUUAUAAUUAGAGUUCCGAAGAACCGUAUUUGAGGGUGUCAAAUCAAGCUUGUAAUUUAAAAUCUAUACCAACAAAA